CUAGCCCCAGCUCGCGAGCACAGCCGAGGGGCCCCGCCGUUGCCCCGGAUCGAUGCCCAGCGCAGGAAACCCUUCUCUGCGGCGUGGGAGGACGAGAGGCGGCCGCGCCGGUGUGCAGAGGGGCGGACGCGCAGGCAGAUUUCGGAGUCACGGUCCUUACCUGAUAGUUGACAGAGGGCGAGGACCGGAGAAGACAGCGGAGGAGGAGAAGGUGGCUGUGGCGGCGGCGGCGGAAGGUGGGCGGCGGCGUCGGCGCUGCUGCGGGUGUCGGAGCUGGUGGGUGGCAGUGUCUGCGAGCGCGCGCGCCGGCGAGAGGGCGCGUUCCCGAGGCCGGCGGGCGGCGCAGGCGCGAGCAGCGGGAGCGCGAGGCUCCCCAGGGGAGGGGGGCGAGCAGCACAGCCUCCACAGGAAUCCUCUCCUCCGGCCACCAGUGGGCGCGAGCGAGCCCCACCGCUCCGCCCUGCGGCGCCUCUUGGCUCGCGCCCUCCGCGCUGCCCUUCCCUAG